AUGGCUAUGCUAUUUUAUCCCUGGCGUAGCGCAGCAGCUGAUUUAAUCGAUGCUGACAUAGAACGAGUUUGUAAUGACAACAAAUCAAUUAUUGAAGAGAACAAGCAGAAAUACGACAAGUUCUCAGACCGUGAGCUCAAAAAUAUUUUGGAGAACUUAAAUCAGCAAACAGCAGAGGAAGAUGUUCAGGUUGAUGUUACCCCUUUCUUGGAUGAAGAGUUUAGAGCACUAGCUAUUCCAGAAAUCGGCAAUGAUGUCGACGUAUUUCAAAUCGAUGAGCCACAGGACCCAAAUUUGGAGGAGGUCAGCGAGUAUUUUGGAGGUAUACCAUUAAUUGUUUUUGGCGACUUAAAGCAACUCUCGCCAGUAGGAGACAGAUGGAUUUUCUCCCCAAACCAAUUGGAUCCAUAUAGCGGAAUUACUGGCACACCACUUUGGGAUUUGUUCCGUUUAUUCGAACUCACCGAAAUAAUGCGCCAAAGAGAAGAUCAGACAUUUGCCGUUGCUCUCAACAACAUGUCCGAAGGAAAUAUGACAUCUGAUGAUAUCGAGCUCAUUAAAGCAAGAGAACCCAAUUUUAACGAGAUACCCAACGACUGUAUUCAUCUUUUUUGUUCCAACGCGGAUGUAUCUCUAUAUAAUACUGCAAGAUUGGCUAAAAUCGCCACAGAAGAGUUUAUCUCUACAGCGAAAGACAGUAUGAAGGCGAACUCUCUUUCGGAGCGAAGUAAAACGGUUAUAUUGGAUGCCAUUAAGAAUUUUAAAAUAUCGGAGACACAAGGAAUGUGCUACGGUUUACAACUGAAAACCUCAGCAAAAUACAUGUUUACGGUCAACAUUAAUACUGAGGAUGGUUUGGGUUACAAUUAUGGUAUUUAUAAUCAUGUCUUUCAUGAUUACGAUUACAGUAAUCUUAGUCCUUAA